AUGUUAAGGUUUGGAAUACAGAUCCUAUUACUGACACUCGCAAUCGCAGCCAGUGCAGAGAGGGACCCUCACGAAUUCUCUUUCGAGAGAUUGAAUCGUAGAAAUAUGUUGACCAAUGGCAUGGCUACAGAUAAUUCGGCUGUGCCCACUGAGGAACUGGAUCCUUAUUAUUGGCGCAAAAUGGCGAGUGUCGAAAUUCAAAAACGUCUGGUCGAGCAACCAAAUACGAACAAAGCGAAAAAUGUUAUCUUCUUUCUGGGCGAUGGCAUGUCACUGACCACAAUCACAGCCGCGCGCAUACUUAAGGGACAGCGUGACGGCAAACCGGGUGAGGAGUCACAGCUCGCUUUCGAGAAAUUUCCAUACACCGCCUUGAGCAGAACGUACUGCACCAACGCUCAGGUGGCCGAUUCCGCUUGCACUUCCACCGCUUAUCUCACGGGCGUUAAGACCAACAUUCUUUCGCUGGGCGUUGGUCCAAAGGUGAACUACAAUGACUGUGAAGCCUCCAUGGAUCCG